GAGUCUAACACAGUUGUCUACCGACAUUGAUUGGUAGAGUCCAGCGGAUACAUUUUCAUUCAACUACUUGGCGAGAGUAUUUGUGAAUAUUCGACAUGAGGACGUUCGUACUUCUAUUAAGCUGCCUUGUCUGCUGCGCCACAGCAGGACACUACGGUUUGGCGCAGAAACUCUUACACCUAAAUAAUGUACGCACUGGACAAAAGGGUUAUACUUCUGUGGGCACGGAUCAGCGUCAGCAUCAAGAAUUUCUACUCGAUGUACUACUCCAAGUACAGAAGCCCUUGGUUAAUAAUCAGCUCGUCCAACUUGGUCAGGAACUUGUUACGGAUCCCAAUAUGUAUUUGUUGUCAAGCGAUGAAAUUUUGCAGCAGUUCUUACAGCAGGCCGAAAAUCGGGAGGUUAUCGGUCGUAACGGCGUCUACAAUCCAGUAGAUAUCUCAAAUAUACGCCAAUUAGUUGGACUUCAACGAUUCUUUGUGCUCGCCCGUGACUUCAACGUUUUCCAAAGAAAUGUGGUUUAUGCGCGUCUUUACUUCAACCCUGUUAUGUUCGUGGAUGCCCUCUCGCUGGCAAUACGUGACCGUCCAGAUACUCAGGAUCUAGUGUUACCACCAGUGAAUGAGAUAUUACCGCAGUUAUAUUAUGACAACUAUGUACUCAACUAUGCGCAAAAUAUUGAUUAUAGUGGUUUGAUUUCACAAGAAGCCCGGGCGAAUGUGAAAUCAAGUAUUUUCGACAUCUUCGGUCUGCGCAGAAUUGGUUCAUUGUUUCAAUUAGGCAACUACGGUAACUACAAUCCAUUGCAACAGAGAUAUAGCGCACAUAGGUAUGGUUUCGGCCGGUUCGGAAUUGCUCCUGUUAACAGUAAAGAAAACGGUGGUGAAUACGUUGUAGAAGGCAGUUAUAUACAAGAAAAAAUUGUUGUGCCAGUGGAGGGAAGAGACGGUACUGAUUUAACAAACGAUGUCGAUCUGAAUGUUGCAUGGAACAAUAUUGUUAUUGAUCAACUGGUGCAAGCUGUAACUGAAGGUGUAGAGGGAGGUCAGCAAUAUGCAAUCGGUUCUAAUGGAUUACCCCAAGUUGAUGUAGGCAGUCCGCGUCUAUCGUUUGUUGGACGUCGGCGUCGUGUGGAUAACGGUGGAUAUUCUGCAUAUGUCAAUCCUUUCUACGGUCAGCAAAACCAAUACGGUUACAACGACCAAGAAUAUGCUCGUCAUCAAUACAAAUCACAGCAAUAUGGGUACACAGGUCCGGAAUAUUCUUACGAUCGUCAACAAAACCAAGCAGGUCAAUAUAAUUACAAGGGAAACGAUUAUUCCUACGGGCGUCAACAGAAACAGGGACCUCUAUAUGGCUACAAAGGCAAAGAAUACUACUAUGCUCGUCAACAGAAUCAGGGAUCCCAUUAUGAUCAACAGAAUCACGGAUCACAGUAUGGAUACGAUGACAAUCAAUACUCCUAUGGUCGUCAACAGAAUCAGGGAUCCCAAUAUGGUUACAACUCAUAUGGUCAACAAAAUCACGGAUCCCAGUAUGGAUACAAAGACAACGAAUACUCCUACGGUCAUCAACAGAACCGGGGAUAUGGUUACAACUCAUAUGGUCAACAAAAUCACGGAUCCCAGUAUGGAUACAAAGACAACGAAUACUCCUACGGUCGUCAACAGAAUCGGGGAUCUCAAUAUGGUUACAACUCAUAUGGUCAACAAAAUCACGGAUCACAGUAUGGAUACAAAGACAACGAAUACUCCUACGGUCAUCAACAGAACCGGGGAUAUGGUUACAACUCAUAUGGUGAACAGCAAAAAGGAUCUCAAUAUGGUUCGUACUAUGGUAUACCAUAUGGUCGACAGCCGUAUCAGGGAUCUCAAUAUGGUUACGAAGAUCAACAAUAUUAUUAUGGUGGUCAACCAAAUCAAGGAGCAAAGUACAGUUACAAUCAUCCAGUAUAUAGCUCGUCUUAUUAUAAUCCAUACGGUCGCCAACAAUAUAAUUACAAAAACUACGAAUACCAAUAUGAACCAAGAAUUCAACAACAAGACCAAUAUCAAGGUCAACAACAGCAGCAGACCUAUCGUGUGUUCCCCUAUGGACCGCAAGAAGUGGUUAACACCAAUGUUGGAGAUGACGUAGUGGUGAUUGAUCGUGUAGUUCGUGACACACACAAUCGUGGGCAAAGUGGCAAACGUUAUAACAGCGAUGAAGGUAAACGAGUUAGUUAUCGCAAUGCCGAACAAUAUCGUGAGCUGGAAGGAUUACAUGAGGGUAUUAUUCGUAGUAUUGACCCCACUCAGCAGGUAAGCUAUAUUCGACGCGGUGAAAUACUUUUGCAAAGUAUACAAGAAUUGGCUGCCAGAUUGAAUAUUCAGCGCAUUGUGGAAACCCUUGAAGGAAGUAUUUACCAGCAACAACAUAUUCAGCAUGUGCAACAGGAAGUAGAUCAAAUAAUUCAACAAAUCCGUGCACUUGUUGAACAAAUUCGUGAAGAGGCUGGUAUUAGCGAAGGAAGCGAACGAACGCUGCAUAUUGUCGCAGAUAUUAUAGGCGGUAGAAUUGUACUCGAACAACAACAACAACUAUCGAUCGAUGUGAAGCGCACUUUACAAGAAUUGCAACAACAAAUACAACGCAUUGUUGGAAAUCAAGUUGGUCAAGUGAAUGAGGUGACUCCGCUUGUUUUAUUAUUCGGCUCUUUACGCAGUCCAGUAACUCAACAAACCAUUUUAUCAUUGGCCCAACUGAUCGAUGAUUACCGUCAGAAAUUGCAACCAUACACCAGCAGCCAACUGAGCGGCAAUGGCGACAUUAAAGUUCAAAAUGUUCAAAUCGAUCCUUUGGUCACCUAUACUGAGGUUGUGGACGUAGAUCUUGUCAAUAUGAUCGAUCAGCAGCUUUUGCAGUCGAACGCCAACAAUCUGCAACAACUUGGCCAAAAAGUGGUGGCUCGCCAACAGCGUUUAAAUUAUCAACCAUUCACCAUCUCUUUGGACAUUGAAUCUCAACAUCAACAAGAAGUUGCCAUACGUGUUUUGCUCGCACCUCAAGUCGAUUCUACUGGACGUCGUGUAUCUUUGGCACAAAAUCGCAAGAACUUCGUUCUCAUCGAUACUUAUGUGCAACAAUUGCAGGCAGGUGUUAACAAUAUCGAACGCAAUUCACGCCAAUUCAAUGGAUACAACAGCGAAGUCUGUACCAUUAGCCAAAUCUACCAUCAGAUAAUGACUGGACAAAUCAAUGUACAAUCGGGUGUUACUCGCCAGCUCCCAAGAAAUCUUUUAUUACCACGUGGCUCUGCUAAUGGAGGUUUGCCUGUACAGAUUAUGGUUGUAGUGACCCCACUAAACCAGCAAGCUGAAUUGUUGCAUGUUGAGGCACGGCAAAUCAGUGGUUUGGGAAUCGCUGCUGUCGGUGUGGACCAAUUGCCGCUGAAUUACCCGCUAGAUAGGCAAAUUGUUGACGGACAACAUUUGGAUGUGCCCAACAUUCAGUUGGUGGAAACUGUUAUCCAAUAUGACAGUCGCCGCAGUGCUUUAGACACUGGCUGCUAGUUGCAUUAGCCGAAGCUGUAACACUUAUAUGAACAGGUUUUAACUUUGAUUACUCUCACUUUGAAUUUUGUAUUGUAUUUCUGCUAAAAACACAAUUUCUUUUCGUUAAUACUGAUAUGUAAAAUACUUUAUAUUCGAUAAAUAAAGCUUUUAAAGACAGAAAGAAAUA